AUGAAUAAACGACGGGUGCCUCUUUUCGUGUUGUUUCAAUCGGUCUUCUCACUGGACAAGUGGUCAGCGAGCCGUGUAAGUUUUUUUUUUCGAGUUUUAUCGAAUAUGUGGAAAUUUCAGGCCACUUCGAUUUUCGGAAAUUGCCUUCCUUCACCAUUCAUCCUCUUUUUCAAGGUUCAACUUGCAAGUGGACGUGUUCAGUCCGCUAAAUGGUCUCUUUGUAUGAAAGGCGAAAUCUCAGCGAAAUGGUGGAAUAUUGAAAAGUAUGUUCCACAUUAUUUUUUCCUGGACUCUAUCUCGCUAUUUUGAACUGUUCAAAUUUUCUAAAACUUUUUUUAAAAAAAUUUCCGAACAUUUUUUCUAUUAAAUUCUGCUCUUUUUUAAACCGAAAUCGAGGAAAUGUAGGAAACUGGUACUAAUUCUAUUUUUUUUUAAUGAUUGAGAAAUAGUGUUUCAGGACUUCAAUGAGUUGA